UUUGGACAAAAUAGAAUCCGUCCCACUCAAGUCGGUGCGUCGACGUGCAACGAUCAAAUCCCAGCAAACUUCGCGACCCAUUUUGAGAUUCGCAUGUUGCCGGGGCUUCGGACAAAUCUCCAAGUGGAUGUGGCAGCCGUGAAUGACGUGACGACGGAGAAGGCGCACGCGACGGUGAUCAAGGGCUCGUAUCUGAACCUGCCGGAUCAAACGGCCAAGAUGCUGGCCGAGUCGCCAUUGAUUCCGUCGGGCAAACUGUACCAGUCCGCGUUUGUCGUGCUGUUGGGGGCUUUUCAGUACGGGUACCUGCUGGCUCAAAUGGCGUGGAUCGGGUUUAACUCGAAGGCGUGCUACGUACCUCCCGCUGUCGCCAAGCAGAUCCCGCCGCUUCAGGGCCAGUGCAUUCUGUUCCCGACGCACACGUCACAGGAGUGGACAACCGCCGUGACCGCGUGGAUCGUCGGGGCUGGUGUCGGCGCGCUGUUUUCGGGCAUCCCCGCCGAUUCUCUUGGCCGCCGAACCACUCUCAUGCUCAAUACGUUCCUCAUCAUCGCGGGGGCGUUCGUCCAAAUGCUGUCCAACAACAUCCUGAUGUUCACGAUCGGCCGCGGCAUUUCAGGCAUUGCCACGGGUGUGGCCAUUGUCGUCGGCAACUUGUACCUCCGCGAAGUUGCACCAGUGUCCCGUCGCGCAUUUUUCCUCACGCUUCCCCAAAUCAUGUUGUCCUUUGGCGGCAUGACCGUGUCGGCAUUGCAUUUUACCGUCACGUCAGAAGAACUCACGUGGCGCCUACUCUUUGGCGCGCCGAUCGUGCUGGGGCUCCUCCAACUGUGCCUCUUUCCAUGCAUGAUCAAGUCGCCGCACCACCUCGUCAUGCACAAACGAUUCGACCACGCCCGUGUUGCGCUGAGCCAAUUGUACACGCAGCCAUGCGACAUUGAGUUGCAUUUGAACGCCAUGAUCGUGUCGCAUGAGAAGCAGGCCGUCGAGGCCGCGACCGCGUCGAAGCUCCGUCUCCUCCUUUCUGCCAAGUACCGUCGCCAAAUGGUCGUCGCGAUCGUCAUGUGCCUGUCGCAGCAACUCGCCGGCAUGAACGCCAUCAUUGCGUAUUCGAACGGGUUCUUCUUGAACAUUGGCAUCCGCGAGACCCGCAUAUCCAACAUCAUCGUCAACUUUGGCCGGUUUCACGACAUGUUUAUGGCGGCGCGGUACCUCGAUCGCUUCUCGCGCCGCACGCCGCUGCUCGUGGGCCUCACGGUAACGCUCUUGGCGUCUGUCGGGAUCGUGUUCACGCAAGAGUACCCCGGGAACCCUGUCAUGUUCAAUGCGACCAACUACCUUGCGAUCGUCACCGUGCUGUUCUUUGUCGCGUCGUACUGCUUCUCCGCGGGCUCCAUGGCGUGGUUGAUUUCGAACGAGCUCUUCCCAGAGCACAUGAGCGCAACCGCCAACUCGAUCUCGACCUUCUUCACGUUCGCCGCACAGUUCUUGAUUGCAGUCUACUACCCCCAGCUCAUGCGCCCGACCGCCGCCGGGAACUUUGCCUUUCUCAUCUUCUCGGGCUGUCUCGUUUUCUUCAUCGGGUUCGUGUUCUGGUUCGUUCCCAACACAAACAACAAGACGUCCGAAGAAGUCACGCGCCUCUUCUACGACGAUGACAAGCUCCACACGAUGUAUCUCGAUAAGUAUGCGCAGAAUGUCCACGACGUCGAUGCCGGUCGCAAGACACUCGAAACCAUCUAAGCAUAACGCAUACGUAAAAUGCCACGAGAAUACUUGGGUUGGCUGGGUGAGAUGGUCGACGCUGGCGACGUUUGGAUUGUCCUCAAGUUGCAUGGUGGAUGGUCAGGGCUGAAUGCUUCGCCGUCGACAUUGUGUACGCUUCCAUGGAGGCUCUAUCUAUACAUUUGUGGCCUUCUACAAUGCGUGCAACAUGCGCACCUCCUUCGCAACACUCCGUGGAAGAGUGGACUUCGUGUAGCCUGCAUCGAGUGACCUCGACCUCGUCAAUUUCACGCCUCAACGAAGAUGUAUUGUGUAGUUCCGUGAGGGAUGAACUAUGUCAGUGUGGGGUUUGCUGAUAAGUACAUGGACGUAUGGAACAGGCGUUCUGUGCCGCGUAACCAAUGUGCUGCACUGCUCCAUUUCUGCAUUCACAUAGCCAAGCCUUCCUCUUCAAGAAGAAGCGAAGGGGGUCAAUAAGCUUGAUGAGUUUUCGA